AUGGUGAGAUCUUGUUACACUGCAUCUUUGAUUCCUGAACCUCUGCCACAGUCCUGCCAAAGCACCCGCUGUGCUUCGCUGUGCCCCUGCACCUCCCCACCUUUCUCCUUCCCCGUCACACAUGAGAGAGGAAUACAAAUGUCUGCAGUCCCUGAAGCUCAGCCCCCCCCACCCCCACCCCCCACCUCCUCCUCCUCUCCUUCCUCUCCCUCCUCCAGCUACGCCACCCUCUGCCUGCCUCCCUCCAUCCCUGACUGCUCCCCUCCAAGGACAGCCAAAGACAUUCUCCUGAGUGAGAUAAGAGUGAUUUCAGCCGACAUGGCAGCGCUCACACAGGCGUCUCCGGCGGGCCCUCGCCUGUGGACGUUACUGUUGGAGCCUUAG